AUGAAUGUUGUGAAACAGAAACAGCUUUGUUUUAACUGCUUGGGUAAACACCGAAUCACAGAAUGCAAGUCAAACGGACGCUGUCAAAACUGCCACCGGAAGCAUCACACUUCUAUCUGUAAGGAGCUACAAAGAAAACCGGAAGUUGAAUCGCCGCAACCGGAAGCCGCCGUAUUCUUCUCGUCUACAAAGAGGUCGAACGCAGACGUUAUAUUAAAGACCGCCAUUGCCCCUGUUUCGUCGUCUCACACUACAACGGAUGCCGCCAUAUUAGUCGACGAAGGCGCACAGCGAUCCUUUAUCACCAGAAAGCUUGCUGACGAUCUUCAACUAGAGAGUGAUGGAAUAGAAACACUUAGCCUGACGGGAUUCGGAGGAAGUAAUAACAGAAGCUUACAGCAACUAGAACGCACGACAGUGUACAUAGUUUCGAAGAGAAAGAAGAUACCUGUUAGUGUACUCAUCGUCCCCACUAUUGCGGCUCCCAUCAGAUGCGGAUAUCUUAGAUCGACUGCGGAACUUCCGUACCUGCGGGGAUUGAAGUUGGCUCAUUCCGUUACAGGUGACACGUUAUUUGACAUUUCAUUACUCGUUGGAGCUGACCACUAUUGGGAUAUUGUCGAAGAUCAUGUUGUUCGAGGGAACGGGCCGACCACCGUCAAGUCUAAGAUUGGUUAUUUACUGUCCGGUCCGAUGCCCUCCACGUCUCAUGCGUCAGCUGAUAAGCACAUCUUGAACGUACUUGCAUCGCGCGCCCCAGAACACAGCAUAUUAGAACGUUUCUGGAGUCUUGAGAACAUGAGUAUCUCACCUUUAGAACCUGACCGGAAGUCUGUCGAGUACCUACAGCAAUACCAAGCGACAGCUAUUGAGUACGACAACGGAAGGUACCAUGCCAAACUUCCAUGGAAGCAAGACCACCCUGCUCUACCAACAAACCACAACAUAGCCUUGAACAGAACUGUUGGGGCUAUUCAGAGGUUGCGCAAUGAACCGGAAGUGCCUCGGGCACAUGUGGAAAAAGAAUCAUCAACGACACCCAUACGCAUCGUCUACGAUUGUAGCUGCCGUCAGUCACGUGAUUCACCAAGCUUGAACGAAUGCCUGAAAUCAACGCCACCGGCAUUGAACGAGCUUACGUCGAUUCUUACAAUCGUCACAGAAAUCGAGGCUGUAAUUAACGAUCGGCCAUUGACGUAUGCAUCAACAGAUCUUAACGACCCCUCGCAUAUCACGCCGUCGCAGCUGUUAUACGGUCGCCGAGUUACAACGCUGCCACACGAUGACGUCACAUUCGAUGCCGGGAGUACUGUCGCUGCAGCCGAUCAUGCUACAUUUAACCGCAUGGCAAGGCGACGUGAGCUGCUCAUACAACAGUUAUACAGACGCUGGAAGACUGAAUACCUUACGUCACUCCGCGAGCACCACCGGGUGUCUGGUUCCAACACGCAGACGAUCAACACCGGGGACGUGGUGCAGAUCCAUGAUGAUGGCCCGAGAUGUCGAUGGAAACUUGCCGUGAUCGUCGAUGUUGUUGCCGAAAGGGACGGGCAUGUUUACGAGGCGAAAGCGCGAAUCAGUAACGGAUUGUAUACCAUAAGGCCAAUAGCGAAACUUUAUUCCCUGGAAGUGAUAAGUGUCAAUGGAAACUGA